AUGUCUUCGACACAGGCUGACCUGCUCGAAUCAAUUCCGUUUGUACGGGACAUUACCCCUCUCGAUCUCAUCGACCUGCCCAACAACCUGUUCCAAAGCCUGCCCAAGCCAUGUAACAUGAAGCGCUCUGCGGCUUCAGGCGGCCCCAUCUGGCCCCCAGUGCUCACAAACGUCCUCUGCAACGGACUUCUCAUUCUGCAUCACAAGCCACACCUCGUCGGAAAGCAGGGUCUAGAGGAGCACUACAAUUGGCUUUCUGCAUUUAUUUAUCGCCAAACGCGCGGCUGGGACCCUGCAGCAUUGGCUCGGAACACAAUCGAGAUCAAACCCUCGCAACCAGGUGAACAUCAACGAGGCAUUAUUCGUAACCGCAAGCAGAUUUCAUCAAAAGUACAGACAAUUGGCGAAUAUCUCAAGGACACGCAUUGGGCAUACGUUUGUCAAGGACCGCGGCCUCCAAAGGACGUACUCCCUUUGACCGGCCCAGCCUCGUCUUCAUCAUCGUCAACCGCCUUGGUUUCUGGUCGACAACGAGGCAGUGCCGUCUCAAGCAACACGAGGCGAUCGAACAGCACCUCUACACGCGAACACGUUCAAUACCCGCCCCAGCAGUCGUCACCGCCCCGACGACAUAUCCUCCCUCCCCAGAAAGCUUAUUCUACUGACGUUGGUGAUUUCGAUUUAUCACACGUCUCUCUCGAGCCCAGCUGGCUUCCCCCGACGCCGUUUUCACUUCCAAGCACCCCAAGCCAUUCUCCAUUCCUCUAUCCGUCUGACGUGCCGGAUUUCGAGUUUGUGGACGCCCGCGUGUUCGGAUAUGACCCGUCUUCAUGGCCAGAAUUUGAGGAGCAGUUUGGUUCCUACACUACGUACGGCCGAACCCCAACCACACUCGAGGCCUAUGUCGCACGCCACCAGUCUUCACUGCCACUCCCCCAUCACCAUGAGGCAAGGUUACCAGGUCUGGAGCUCGCGGAGUUAUCCCUGUCGGUUUAUUUUUCUGUCAAUGCCCGUGGGGCAGAGGCAGAUGACAAGGCCGGGGAAGUCGCCGUGAAUCCGAGUCUUCGCGCCGGGAAACAUGUUCUGGCCACGCUCCAACCAGCCUCUGCUCACAGUCCGAGUCCCGUCUCCCAGGGUGGUUUCGGAAUUGCGGCGCGGACGAUUCUUGGUGGGAUCCAACAGAACUCGAUGCUCAAGGUCUAUCAAGUCGAUUUACCCCUUCAUUUCCCCCAUGGACUUGUAGACAGGAGGUUCCUGCGCCAAGCGGCUGGUUCGGACAUUCAUGUCAAAGGUCUGGUCCGGCUCAUGGGCUCACCGAGGAAUGGGGCACCCGUUGCGAACCUCUGGAAGGUGACCUCAACGGUCUAUUUUACCCCAGGCGACUUUAAUGGCUCCCCUGGCUCUCCUGAGUCCUUGGCAGGGUAUGAAGAGGAGACCCCUCUUAGAAUCGAAGGCGGCAACGUCGUCAUUCCUAGCAUUACAAACGACUUUAUUUCCAGGCUGUGGGAGAGGAUAAUCAUAGAAAAUGAUACUGUUGAACUGACAAGAUACACGAUUGUGCAAACUAUUGCCCGCUGUUCACCAGAAGCCGCGUCGCCUGCGUUGGCUAUCAUCUAUUCUCUUCGACAAGCUGCAAGCCCAGGGGAGCAAGCGAUGGUGUAUACCCUCUCAACAGAAAGCGAGGGACAAGCCAGUAGCCCAAUGGAGGUUGAGAACAUGCGGUAUCCUGAACAAACUCCACGCGCACGCCGGCGAGCGUCGCUGAGCCCAGCACUUCCGACGCGCAUCACCGGGAGACGCAAGCCAUCACUUAGCCAUACAGCAUCCAGUGUCGACGAAGGACGUGCUACGCCUGUAAGCAUGACCGGCUAUCACCCUCGACCAUCAGCACGCAGAACGCCGAGCAACAGCGCUCCAGCCCCGUAUCCUCCGUCUUCCCCUGCAGGCACCGUAGGCCCCAUACGCUCGUCCAGGUCGCGCGGCUCCGUCUCGCAUUCGACAGGAGCCAGCCAUCCUAUGCGGUUCCCGCUCACUCCUCAGGCUUCUCCCAGCAACCUCCGCGCGACCCAUCACCAACUGCUUGACCCGUCCGCUUCCUCCACAGUACAAGUCGGUGGCCUUGAAACAACCCUGAAUCACCAUGCGCCCAUAGGCACAUCGUCCUCUGCCGAUAUUUUCGCGCUGCCUAGUGGGGAUAGCGCGGCAUACUCGGGGGCGCUGGACGGGCUGUCAGCGUCUACUUCGGGGUACACCUCCACAGAUUGGUCUCAUCUUCUUCAUGGUGCUGCGGCGCCGAUGGCCACGACAGGCUCAGCCGCUCCGUCGUGGCAGUAUGCUACUGCUCCCGACAUGAUCUCACAUUAUCCGCCACAGCCUUCGACUACAACCUAUACUACGUUCCAUGCCCAUGCCCCUUACGACAAUACGAAUGCUGAUGACCACUUUUACUUUAUCAAGGGUUCCCGGUGGGAUUGA